GGGAUUCUCUAAGUGAUUUUUUCACGUGUAUCGCGUCUUUUCGUGGGCGUGUCUUUCCUUUUCUGUGGUCCACUUAACCACAUUUAACCACACUUAAUUACAAUCCACCUUCUCUUCCAUCUUCAACAACGACUGACAACCAUUCCCGUCUUUCCCCGCGAGUACAUAUAAUCUUAGUACUUCAAUUGCUAAGAAAAAACCCCCCAUCUAAGAAAAUCUAAGCACUCUUCCAGUCCCCAUUAUUCUCUAUUCUUUUUUUUUUACCUGUAUCAUACUAGAUGCCCAGCGUUGAUACUCUCUCGAACACCAAGUUCUGAGGGUUCAGGAGCUACAUUGAUACCUACGGUGGUAUCUACAAGAAGAUAUACCCCACAUCGAAAAGGUCAAAAGGGAGAUAUCUUCAUACACCAAUACCAUCGUCAUCGUAUAUCAUAGGAAUCGGCACUAUUACGAUAGACCGUAACAAUACCCGAAGCUAUGGAGAACACAAUGUCGGAUUCGCAAUUCUCCUCCUCCCCACCCAGGGCCGCUCAUGGCAAGGAGAGAAGGAACCCCUCUAUCACUCCCAGAAAGUUUAAACGCUUCUUCACUCCCCGAUCCCGCGUACCCUCUCGAGUAAGCUCGGCAAGGAAAGCUCUUCAGGAUCUCGGAGCUCCGGAUCUAAACCGGAAACACAAUCCAUAUCAAACCCCGGCACCUUCCAGUCCUCUAGGUCACUUGAGUUCGUUCAUAGAGGAGACAGUGGAGGAAGAGGACGAGGACGAUUUCAAUGAUCAAUUGGAUGCUCAAUUACCGAAGCGACGAAAAUUACACCACACACCCGAUUCUUCUCCAUGUCGCCCAAACUUAACCACCAAUCCGAGUCGUUUUAGCCUCCCAUCAUCUCCCUCUACCCGAUCACGACUCCUCAGCCCAAUGAGGUCGCUCUAUUCAAGUCAAACUAAUCUAGAAUCAGAGUCGGAUGAAAGUGAGGACGAAACGUUGCCUUCGUCAGCCGAGAUCAAACGUCUGGCUCCUUUAGCCAGCCGAGGCUUCGUCGGGCAAUUCGCUCAGAGAGAGCUAGGCGGAAUGUCUCGAGCAGGCCUGUCAUCGUUGAAGCUUCCAACUGCAGAUUGGAGAAUGGAGGCUGCGGACUUCCGCACAACUUCCGACGACAUUCACGAAUGCAACAGUCACGACAGUCCCGGCAGCCGUUGUAUUCCAUUCUGCGUGACCUCCUGUCAUAAGGAGAGCCUCGUCGCGGUCGGAGACGAAGAAGGCCGGGUCCGUCUACUCGACACCUCUCGCAAUGAACCAGAUCUAUUCCGUAAAAUCCACAUUAGUUUCCAGGCUCAUACGAACGCAAUUAUCGACCUAGAUUUCUCCGCCGAUGAUCUUCGUCUGGCAACCGCAUCCGGUGACCAGACCGGUCGUGUUAUAGAUAUCAUGACACAGGCUCCCAUCGCAAAUUUGCAACACCAUACGGCCUCACUGAAGCAAGUCCGUUUCCAGCCUGGUGCGGCAAACAGUAACGUUCUUGCGACGUCUUCUCGUGAUGGCAGUGUUCAAAUUUGGGAUCUCCGCUGUACCGGCAGGCCCGUACAAAACAUCCCAACUCCUGAAGACCGUCAAGUCAAUCUAGCAUUCCGACGGCCACAGCUCAAGGAAGGCAAAGCUGUGAACAGCCUAUAUCACGCCCAUGCGCGCACUUCGCGUCAAGUGCAACAAGCACAUGGCACAGGCCACAGUGAUACGCCAUCUCGUCGUGAGCUACCCAGUCGUGCCGGCGAUGUGUCUGUCACUUGUCUGCAGUUCCUACCCGAAGGAAAGGAGCACCUGCUUCUCACUGCCUGCGAAGCAGAUGCAUGCAUCAAUCUGUGGGAUAUUCGCUCAAUUCACACGUCACGCCAGAAGGUCGCUUCUGCGUUAUCAACAACGGCGCCACCCCCAUCCCACCAGCACUGGAGACCUUUUGGUAUUUCGUCUCUAGCCUUGAGCACUGAUGGCGCUCGUUUGUACUCGACGUGCAAGGACAACACGGUAUAUGCGUAUUCGAUGUCACACCUAAUUCUAGGUAACGCAACCGAACUUUCCGCCCGCAAUGGUUACCCUCGCCGACGUAACGCAGCGACUCAUCAGGGUCUUGGCCCACUAUAUGGAUUCAGACACCCUUCGUUCCAUGCGACCAGCUUCUACGUCAAAUGCGAUGUACGACAGGCGCGCGACGGUCGAAGCGAAAUCCUAGCUGUCGGAAGUAGUGAUUCUUGCGCCGUGCUAUUUCCUACCGCGGAGCGCUACUUCCGCGACGAUCUCAAUGGGGGAAUGGGUAACCUAUCCCUGGAUAAUUCCACCAUUGCGAUAUCUAGACCGGACUCGUCUUCGAAUGCUAUAUCUGGCCGAUCCAGCGGUGGGCUCAGCCUUUCGAACAGACCUAAAGACGAUAUCCCUAUCGUACGCUUGGGAGCCCCCCUGGUCCGUGCCCACGAGAGCGAGGUCGGCGCCCUGUCCUGGACGAACGAGGGCAAGCUUGUCACAGUCGGCGAUGAUUACAUGGUCCGCCUAUGGAGCGAGGAUCGAGAGGAGGCUAAGGGCCUCCGCACCGGUGGCGAGUUUGGAGGUAAACGCUGGGGUUGCGGAUGGGCUGAGGUCGGAGACGAUUGGGACGAGGAUGUCGAAGAGGAGGAUUAGACGCUCCCGGAAGGCUUAGGGGUUGUGACUUGAGCAACGACGAUUGAUACGUGAGAAGAUACCCUCGUAUUGCAUGGAAUCGCAUAGUAAGGCGUCAGGCGUUCGGACGAAAAGCAAAGCAUUGAGCAUUGAGCAAGCAUGGAAACGCUGAGUGAGCAACGCGAUUGCGACUCACAUGAGCAUCGAGCAUUGAGCAUAGGUAUCCAUGAGCUAUAUUUGGUGCUCUGGAGUUUUUUACCCGCUUUUCGAUUUGCUGCUGCUGCUGCUGUUUUUUUUACUGCUGUUAUUGUUGCCAUCUACUUUAUACCCCCCUUUUUAAGUAGUGGAAUGAAUGAAAUAAGUUAAAUAAGAUAUUCGCGUUUUAACGUGCUUUAAUGGCUCCAUCUGCGAAGGUGGUGAAUGAGUGAAGUGUCUAGGUGCCUACCCAAGUAUCUCAGGGGCCUGUGUGAGUAUUAGUAUCCGUAUCGGUAAAGAGUGGUGAUGUCUACAUGUAUGUAGUCUUGAUGCGGAGCUACGUAGGUGCUAUGUAGGUGCACAGGUCUGUAGGAGGUAAAGGUAAAGGCAGGUCAGACGCUGUAGUGUACUGCGUUGAUAGGUAGGUCUCUGGCUUCCUAUUUACCUACCUAGUCAAACCCUUUGCUCUCG